AGGGGCAGAGUCCCUCAAAGUGCAGGAAACAGCCUUGGGAGAUGGUCUUGAAGCUGUUGCCGUGGCUGACUUUCAUCUUUCCCUCACAGCCUGUCCCUGCCAAGCCUUUGUCACUCAUUCUGUUAUGCCCUCCUCCCUGCAGUUCAUGACCAAGAACCCCCACAAGCGCCUGGGCUGUGUGGCGGCACAGAACGGCGAGGACGCCAUCAAGCAGCACCCGUUCUUCAAGGAGAUCGACUGGGUUCUCCUGGAGCAGAAGAAGAUCAAGCCGCCCUUCAAGCCUCGAAUUAAAACCAAAAGAGACGUCAAUAACUUUGACCAAGACUUUACCCGGGAAGAGCCUGUCCUCACGCUCGUGGAUGAAGCAAUCGUGAAGCAGAUCAACCAGGAGGAAUUCAAAGGCUUCUCCUACUUUGGCGAAGACCUGAUGCCCUGAGAAGCUGUUCCAGGUGGAGUUUGGUGACGCUGCAGGAAAGGGUGCCGAGAAGAGUCCUAUUUCUGGAGGCUCAGAAGGCCUUGAACUGCCUGUCCUGUUCUCCAGAGCCCCAGUCCCUCGUCUACCCUCUAUUUAUUGUGUUCCCUCACCCCAGGCGGGCUCCUCCC